AUGUGGCUUGACUUGUUCCCGGCUCGUGGCACCAAAAAAUUAUUUUGUCGUGAAAGAUCGCCUAAUCUGGAUAUCUAUCUUUCAGCACUGAUGAUGGAUGUAUCGGACAUCGGCAACUUAGCAUCUGAUAGUUCCGCGGUAUGUCUAUUAGGAUUGCGUACUAGUAGCAGUUGA